UCAAAGCUAUUAGAAUCUCCACUGUUUUUCAAGGAUGGCAUUUUUGCGAAUCGAUCUCAAAUUUCUCGUCUUAAUUCAAGUUAUGAUAAUACACUUAUUUCCAAAACACAUGUCUCAAGCAACAGCUACCAAUAACUGUACAACUGCGGUCAAUUCAACUGAUGCCUGUAACAAAAUCACUUACGAACAAGUUUACAACAUCUUGGCGAAAUCAGAAAACAGUUUCAACAUCGAGUCGGCUCUUUAUCCACCCAAGAGGCCUUCCUCAGUUCGUGUGUUUGUAAAUGUCUAUGGCCCCAACAAAACGGAAAGUUCAACUCCUGCUGCCAAGUACACGUGGAGUAUUUCUUGCCUGUACGCUGCUCUUCCUGCUAAAGUUCUUGAAUUUUGGUCUUUAUGGUCAAUCAUGGUGACCAGUCGAACACAGGAGCUUAACAUAACAAUUUCAAUUUCCUGCUGCGAUGUGACGAAAGGGAAACUAAAAAAACACAUCGAAGACGCUCUAGCUGCUCUCCAAGAUCUGGCUGUUAGGCCAGCAAUGAGAGACCCCCAACUGAAUUCUGCUGAGUGUAUCACAGAGGGACAUCAACCAAAUAUUUCUUCUGUUACAGAACACAGUUGGCGAAUAAUAGUAAUUUUAGUCCUCUCUUUCCUCUUUUCGAUAGUGUCUGGGCCAUUGUUGGCCUUUAUAACAAUGAAGAAACGGGAUGAGCUCAAAAAUGAGGGGGAAUGGGAGUCAAAAGUUAAGAAAAAUUCGAUAGAUUUCCUUUGUGGAUUUUUGUUAGUAAUAUUUGUUGCUAUAUAUAUAGCAAAAGUGGUAAUAGUUUAUGGAUAUAGCAGCGGUGAGAAAAUUGUUCCAAUUAACAUGUAUGCUGUUUUUGUAGCAAUACAACCAAUCAUUGUGUUUGUUGGGAUUAUAGUCUUUUGUAUGACAUUAUAUUGCUGUGGGGAAGACCAGGAAAGACAACAACAACAAGAACAACAACAAGAACUUCCAAUGGAGGACAUUGUAAAGAAGAAGUCAUUCUUUUUCAUAAUUUGUGCAAAUUUAGCAACCUACCAUUUUUGUUGGCUCUUAGUUGGUAUAAUGCUGAAUCCUAUCUGGGGUCUCGUUGUUCUGCUCGUACUUUGCCUUUUUAUUGGUGUCUCAACCUUUGCAUUUUAUACCUACAAGUCUCCAGUCCCUCAAGGGGAAAACCCCCCCAAAAAAAGUCUGUUAUUUUCCUCAUGUUUUGCUGGGUUCCUAGCCAUCUGUGUUCUUAUUGUUAUUGUGAUUCUAGCUGGGCAGUCAUAUAAUGGAAGACAAACUGCUGAUGAAGCUUUGAAAGAAGCAGUGAUGUAUUUAAUCUCUAUAUUCUUUUCAUGGCUCUAUUGGAAGGGGUACUGGCUUAGAUCUGCUGAUCAUUAAAGUGGUCAUCUUCUGAAUGAACUAGCGUAAAAGAAAUGCAAACACUUGUGUCUUAAGAUGCUCCAAUCCUUUCAUUUGGAUAUUAUUGUACAUGUAAACCAAUGGAAAAAUUUUUUCUGGACUCACCCUAAGCAUCUGAGUAAUAACUAACCCUUCAUUAAUUGCUCAUUUUCUGGUAAAUUAAUGAAGAGUAUUUGGUAUUGUAUCAAAAUAGUAGCUGGUCUUAUGGCUAAACUUAUCUUUUCCUUUUUCCCUAAGUGCUUGAUAAUGUAAUGAUAUUGUAAGGUGAAGUUUUUCCUUAGUCACAAAUUUUACAUGCUGUAAAUUAACAGUUCAUGCAAAUGAUAUAAUUAAGUAAGAUCCUAAUCAUUACACACCUAACUUAAUUUGAAGAAGUACAGCACUGUUUAUUAAAAUUAUAAUCUCAGUUACUAUCUUGUGCUAAAACAGGUUUGGAUAGCAAACCUUAGCAGCCUAUUGUAUAAAUUUAACUAACCUUAGUUUGCAUAACUUGGUACCAAUGAAGCCCAAACUAGCUAACUGGCGAAAUGUUUACCACCAAGGUAAAUAAUAUUUGUGCCUUUCAAAGUCUAUAAUUUUUUUGUUCUCAUAUACAGGUUUGACAAUUUGUUUACAUCUCCAAUGUAGCAUUGUAGUUCUGGAUGCAUUUUAUAAAAAUUCAUUACGCGGAAAAAUUUCUAAAUCUAUAUAAAAAACUGUUAGUAAUAUGUAUGCAUAGAGGAUAACUAGCCAAUGGUAAACAGUGCUUUCAUUAAGAUUUGAGGUUACAUAGGUGGCUGUCCCUACAUGGCACCUUUAAGAAACUGAAAUUGUUCUGGUUUAAAAAUGGAAAAAGUUCGUCAUAUCUGGUGGUCUGCAACAGAACACUGAGUUGGGAGGGGGUCCAUCAGUUUAUAAAACAUCUCCUUUUAUGUAUUGUGUCAAUUUUAUUUUUUCUUUAGUGAAUUAAAGCUGUCAAGAUUUUUUCAGGUAUUUUGCUACACAACUAACCUUGCAAGGCUCUCACAAGUCUCUCACAAGGCUCUUACCAAGUCUUACUGAAAGCACUGCCAAAUACAAAGACCUCAAGUUGUACCAUUUUUAAGUGCCCUAUCCUAUACAAUGUAUCAAAUAAUUAAUCUUUUAGCAGGAUGACGACUAUUAACAAAAUAUGACUUAAUAAAUACCUUCAGACUUCUCAAUAUGUUUUUAAUAACCCUCAUUGGAGAUGGUAAUACUUUCAUAAUCUGGGUAAGCUUUUUUAAGUUUCUCGACUGUGAUGGAGUAAUCAGCUCUACCAAACCCCUGAAAAUUAAACAUAAUUCUUUCAGAAAGUCAGUCAUAAAAAUGGAGAAAAUCAUGUAUCACCAAUAAUUAUUUAUU